GGAUUUCUUAUUUCUGUUUCCUCUUUUUUCAAUCAUGCAUGAGAGAUUUUGUGCAUAAUGCAAGAUAAGUUUAACUUCACUUCUUCCGCUAUAUGUUAUGAAACUAUUGUACAGUUUACAGUAAGUGUAAGUAAACUGGUAUUGUGGUGAUCCAGAAAACUUCUCAGAGGCGUCUCCAUCAUGGAGGUGACGGGUAAAUAUGACUUUAAAGCCACAGCGGACGAUGAACUGAGCUUCAGAAAAGGAGAUAUAAUAAAGAUCAUAGGCACCAAUGAUAACUGGUAUAAAGCAGAAAUAAAUGGGAUUGAAGGAUUUGUGCCACAGAAUUACAUCACCGCUUAUUUCCCGAGCUGGUAUCAGGAGAACAUCGGCCGGCAAGACUCAGAGAAUAAACUCAUGUCUCAGCCAAUCGGAUCGUUUCUCAUCCGCGGCUCACAGAGUUCACCUGGUGAAUUCUCAAUUUCGGUCAGACAUGAAAAUGAUGUUCAGCACUUUAAAGUGAUGAGAAGCAGGAUUGGAGAGUAUUACCUCUGGAAUGAGAGAUUCGGUUCUCUCAACAAACUGGUGGAUUUCUACAGCCAGAACUCCGUUUCCAAACACAGUCGUGUGUUUCUGCUGACAGAGCAACCGAAUCGGUCAGAUGUUCCACACAGAGAGCAACAUGUGAAGCCAUCAAGCUCGUCUCAGGGGAGACACAGCAAUGCCAGGGCACCUGGUCCACCCCACCCUCUGCCCCACCCACCUGCUCCAAAGCCACAGCCACAGUCAUCUGGGAUGUCGGUUCGAGCCGUGUACGAUUUCAAAGCAGAAGAUCCAGAUGAGCUGGACUUUCACACAGGAGAUCUUAUUGAGGUUCUAGAUCAGUCGGAUCGGUUCUGGUGGAAGGGUCGCGUGCGGGGAAGAACCGGACUCUUUCCUGUCAACUACACAAAUCCUGUUUAAAAAUCCAUCAGACAUAAAGAGAAGUUGUCUUACUUUACAUUCACUCUGAACGUUUACAAGUCAGCAUAAACACGAGAGACUGCUGUAUUUAAUUAUAAUACAAACAAAAUCAUCCAGACUAUAAAACAACUUUGUGAAUCCUUUAAAAGGAUCAAGAUUUUUGCAUGAAAUCUCACUGAAACAUGAUUUUGUUCAGAUAAUGUUCUUACAUAGACAGCUAUAUUAUAUUUAAUGACUUAAAUGCUUCAGCUACGAUUAAAGCUAACAUGAUAUUAAAGUCAACUCUGUUUAGAUUUUAAUUCUUUGUCUUAAUUUAAACAUAUUAAAAAUGUUUGUUUGUUUUAAAAUGUCAUUGUAGCAUUAAAAUUUGUCCCGACAGUA